CUUCUUUGGCCUCGUCGGCUCCUCGGUACUAGUCCAGGGCUAUUGUUGUGUGUCUUUUUGGGGGCAACCCUGACCUAUCAGCAGGCGCUGAUUUCUGAUAUUUGAACUGUUUUGCUUUGCGGCUCCUCUCCGCCAUAUUACGGCGUCUUUGUGCGCCCGCGGUGCGUCCUCGCUGCGAGGUGGGGAACAGAAAAGGAUCCCAGUGCAGGACUUUGGGCUGGUGAAGUAGUUAAUCGGUAUGGGACAGACGGAAGACUGAGAUUCCACGUUAGAGGCUGCUCGUGUCGGCUGUUUCCACUCGUUUUUGGGACUGUCGACGUGAGGUUAAAAGAAAAGGAAGAAAAAAAAAAACGUGGGAGGAAAAGAUCACAGGACGCAUGUAGCCGAAGUCCCAACACUGCUGAGGUCGCUUUUAAGGCUCGAGGAUGGGUUGCGUCAAGAGUAAAGAGGACAAGGGCUCGCCGCCGAAGUACCGGCCCGACAACUCGAACGCCACGCCGGGCCACGCACACCCGGGCCACUACGGGCCCGACCCCACCCUGAUGGGCCACUCGCCCUCCAUGAAGCCGUCGAACAACAGCUACAACAGUUCCGCCGUUACCAUCACGCCCUUCGGCGGGGCGUCCUCGGUCAUGACCCCCUUCGGUGGAGCGUCCACCUCCUACACGGCGGUGACCAUGAGCAGCCCCUUCCCCGGUGUCAUCACAGGUGGCGUCACAUUCUUCGUGGCCCUGUACGACUAUGAGGCUCGGACGGCGGACGACCUGUCCUUCAAAAAAGGGGAUCGCUUUCAGAUCAUCAACAACACGGAAGGCGACUGGUGGGAGGCGCGCUCCAUUAACACUGGACAGAAAGGUUACAUCCCCAGUAACUACGUGGCUCCGGCUGACUCCAUACAGGCCGAAGAAUGGUACUUUGGUAAAAUGGGCCGCAAAGAUGCAGAGCGUCUCUUGUUGGUUCCAGGGAACCAACGGGGCACUUUCUUGGCACGAGAAAGCGAGACGACCAAAGGAGCGUACUCUCUGUCUAUCCGGGACUGGGAUGAAAUGAAGGGAGACAACGUCAAACACUACAAGAUCCGCAAGCUGGACAGCGGUGGCUAUUACAUCACCACACGAGCCCAGUUCGACACGCUACAGAAGCUGGUGAAGCACUACACAGAACAUGCUGAUGGUCUGUGCUACCGGCUGACGACUGUGUGUCCCACGGUGAAGCCUCAGACUCAGGGACUCGCUAAGGACGCCUGGGAAAUCCCGCGAGAGUCCCUCCGACUCGAGGUCAAACUGGGACAGGGCUGCUUUGGAGAAGUCUGGAUGGGCACAUGGAACGGCACGACCAAGGUGGCGAUCAAGACCCUGAAGCCGGGCACCAUGUCUCCGGAGGCUUUCCUGCAGGAGGCUCAGAUCAUGAAGAAGCUAAGACAUGACAAACUGGUGCCGCUCUAUGCCGUGGUGUCCGAGGAACCCAUCUACAUUGUCACAGAGUUCAUGGGAAAAGGGAGCUUGUUGGACUUUCUGAAGGAGGGAGAUGGGAAGUAUCUGAAGCUGCCCCAGCUGGUGGACAUGGCCUCACAGAUCGCAGACGGCAUGGCCUUCAUCGAGAGGAUGAACUACAUCCACAGGGACCUGAGAGCUGCCAACAUCCUGGUGGCUGACAACCUGGUGUGUAAGAUCGCCGACUUUGGCCUGGCCCGGCUCAUCGAGGACAACGAGUACACGGCCAGACAAGGUGCUAAAUUUCCCAUCAAGUGGACAGCGCCCGAAGCUGCGUUAUUCGGCCGCUUUACUAUCAAAUCAGACGUGUGGUCGUUUGGUAUACUACUGACUGAGCUGGUGACCAAGGGCAGAGUCCCGUAUCCCGGUAUGGUGAACAGAGAGGUCCUCGAGCAGGUGGAACGAGGUUACCGCAUGCCCUGCCCCCAGGGCUGCCCCGAGUCCCUCCACGAGCUGAUGAGGCACUGCUGGAAGAAGGAGGCGGACGAGAGGCCGACCUUUGAGUACAUCCAGUCCUUUUUAGAAGACUACUUCACGGCCACAGAGCCGCAAUACCAGCCGGGAGACAACCUUUAGUCCGGACGGUAACGGAGCGAACUCUGGCACGCCGAGCUGCACGAGCGGAGAUCAAAAACAACAGAGGAGCGUGGAAGGAGUCGAUGGUUGCGGAGGCUUUGGAUCCUUUUUUGUUUUUCUUUUUUUUUUUUAACGAACUAGCUCACAAUGACACCGGCCUGACAUACCUGAAAACUGAAGCUCGUCCCCUGAGGACCAAAAGUUUUGGGGGGGAAAGCGCCCCGAGCGUGCAGAUCGGUGCCGGUACGUUAAGCUCCGGGAACUCUGCUAAUCAGAAUAAUCCACACGGGCUGGCCACAACACUGUGAUCAAAAAGGUUUCAGAUUAACUCGCGGACGCACAGCUUUUCCUCUUCUUCUUUUUGUUUUUUUUUAGUUUUUUAAUUAUAAAUGCUCCCUCUCUUCUCCAAUUCCCUACUUUUUAUUUUUAUUUUACAACUUGAGUCUUUAAUAUUAGAGUCCAGAUCUUUUUUUAUAUGUACAUGAGUUUGGUUUGAACGUGUAAGGUUGUUUGUUUUUAAAAAGUGACCGAUAACUGUGGUUUGAAAUGUCAAGUAUGUGCUGCGACUGUUGAGCUUUGAUUGCGAGUUGCGAAGGGAAGUCGGUUGGAGGAAGAAAAAAAAAAGGAUGAACGAAUGUACUGAGAGAUCAAAGCAGAUGUACAUAUUUAAAGAAAAUGUAUUUUAGCAGGUUUGACGAGGUGGACGAUUGAGAGGCGGUUUGUAUGAUUCUUUUUUUUUAACACAGUCACUUGAAAGGCAUAUUACUAUUAGUUUUCUUUCAUUUAAUCUGGGACUUGAAAUCACAAAGAGGUAUUUUCCCGAUUCACAUGUGCGACUGUUUUAUGUUUUUUUUUUCUGAUUAACAUUUUAUAAAUGUUUUAAAAAUUUCAGCUGUGAAAUUUUAAUCGAGUUCAUUUCUGUUUGGGGAAAAUUGGCCAUUUAAAUGUGUUUGUCUUUCUGUGGCGCACAUCCACACAGCUCAAUGAUGCAGUGGGCGCGUCGUCCCGUCGCUUAGGUGCUGUUAAGAUGUUUUAAUUUCUUCUCGGUUAAAUCGCACAAACCUUCCUCACUCGUGUCUUCAGGACGGGAACGUUUUACCCGAAGCUACAACUCAUCCAGUUUUCAUUUUCUUAUUUCCAGAAAGGGUGGAUCUCUUCUCGGGUGGGUUAACUAGGACCAGACAAACUAAACCAACACCUUAGGCUUUUAUAGGUAUUAAAAUAUUCACUUCUUAAAGGUACGUUCUGUUCAGGUGUGUGCAGGUGUGGGAAAUUUCAGACGAUUCAGUACGAAAGAUGCCACAAAGAUGUGAACUUUUCUUUUUUUCUUUUUUUUUGUUUUGUAUUUCUUUCCGUGCUCCACUUCACUCACAAAUGUGUGAUCGUUCCUCGAAGAGAGGGAGAAAAAAAAGCUAGUGGAGACGUGAAUAAUGAAAUUAAUGAGAAUGGUAACUAAUAUGAUUUUUGUACAGACAAAAAAAAUAAAAGUUUUUCCCAAAGCUGUCA